UAACAUCGCGAUAGUGUUUAUUUACUUACUUGUGUUUAUUACAUAAAAAGUGAAAAAAUGGCACAAUUUAAAAUUUGACUAAACCUGAAAUUAUACCUACUACAAAAAGAAAAGCUUGUACUGUACAAUAAAAAUAAUACUUUAUUUAAGAAAAUAUGAAUGAACAGCUAUAAUAUUAUGCUAAGCAUUAAACCGAAAUGAACACAAGAUGAUAAGUACUAAAGGCCCCGUGGCCCUGAAACUAAGUUUAAUAAUUAAAUAUAUCUUCAGACUGUCUCCAAAGAGAAUUUUAAAAAUGUGUAAAUGUGGCAAUAGAAACAAAUUGAUAUUAUUAUGUACUUAAGUAUAUACUACUGACAUGGAGCGAAAAACCUUGCAGCGGAAAGCAUUUACUGUACUCUCACUUUAUACUAUUAGAUUUUAUUAAUUAAUCAAUAUGUAUCGCAUUUUCGAAAUCUUUUAAAAAAUACAUUGAAUAUUUUAUUCUAGAAUGUAUAUAAACAGUGUGAUUUGAAGGGAAGUUAUAAGAACACAAAUGUUUUGUUAUCAGAAGAUAACAUAGAUAAUUCAAACAAACAAUACAAAAUGCAGUUAAUCAAGAAUACUGGAAGAAACUCGCAAGAGAAGAGUUCGAAGGAAGUCUAUCCCUCCAAAUAAAUAACAAUAUUGCUAAGAAUGUGAUCCUGUUUGUCGGCGACGGCAUGGGGAUUAACACGGUUACUGCCACCAGGAUAUACAAGGGUGGCGCGUCUCAUCGACUGGCGUUUGAGAAGUUCCCAUUUACGGGAUUACUCAAGACGUACUCAGCGAAUAAAAUGGUGCCAGAUUCAGCGAGUUCUGGCACAGCGCUAUUCUCUGGUGUGAAGGUCAACCAGGAGACGGUGGGGGUUGACGCCACCGUGGAGCGUGGGGACUGUGCCGCCUCACUCAAGCCCGCUGCGAGGCUAGACUCCCUAGCUGCGCAGUUUCUCAAGGCUGGUAGGAGAGCUGGUCUAGUAACAACAACCCGAGUGACGCACGCGACCCCUAGCGGACUGUACGCACACAGCGCUUACCGGAAAUGGGAGUGCGAGGCCACGAUGCCUCAGGACGCUGCCGAAUGUAAGGAUAUUGCGCGACAGUUGGUCGAGGACUGGCCGGGGAGGGACCUUCAUGUAAUAUUAGGUGGUGGAAGGCAAGUCCUCGAGACUAACUCUACUAACACGAAGGAGGAUCCGUACGACACCUGGUCCUGCAGACGGAGAGACAACAGGAAUCUCACGGAAGUGUACAUCCAGGAUAAAGAGAAGAGAAAUUUGAAGUACAGCUACGUCAAAAAUACCAGGGAACUUAAAGAGAUAGAUCAUCAGAACACGGACUACCUAUUAGGUAUAUUUGCCAACGGUCACCUGAAGUAUGAAGACGAGAGGAACAAACGUGAUGAGGGAAUGCCCUCGCUCACUGAUAUGGUGGAAGCCGCCAUAAAAGUUCUAUCCUCGGACCAGAAUGGAUAUUAUCUUAUGGUGGAAGGUGGCAACAUAGACAUGGCUCACCACCGCGGCUGGGCCAAGAGAGCUCUGAACGAAGCAGCAGAGAUGGAGAAUGCGGUGCAGCUGGCCUUGCGGGUGACAGACCCCAAGAACACCCUGAUCCUAGUGACCAGCGAUCAUGGACACACGCUGUCUAUUAACGGGUACCCGCUAAGGGACUCUGAUAUUACCGGCAUAGCUCAAAAGUCACCAUACGACGGUAAAAAUUACACUACACUGUCGUACGGUACUGGGGGGCCCGACGCCCUGCACUACCACGUUGUGAGCGACGAGAACGGGACUAAGAUCGCGCGAGACGAGCCGAGUAUACUCGUCGCGACGAGAUUCGACUACAAGCAGCCAGCCGGCAUCAUACUUGACGAGAAUAGUCAUGGUGGUGGGGACGUGGCUAUUUAUGCGACAGGUCCCCACGCUCACCUGUUCACGGGCGUCCACGAGCAGCACUAUGUGUAUCACGCGGUGUGCUGCGCCGCACACGUGGGCGACACGGCGGGUGUGUGCAGCGGUGCACACGCACACACAAACACACUCAUCUUAUACACAAUUAUACUAGCGUUUAUUGUUAUACAAAUGUUUUUAUAACGUAUGUUGUAGUACUAGUAUGAAUGCUUUACGCGUUUAAGAAAUAGAAAAUAAGAACCAAUUUUGAAUAAGACUAAAUAAAAAUCUCGUCAGAUUUUCAUACUUUUGUGAUUGAACUAGAAUCCCAUAAUGGGAUUUAUUAUUCCCAUCUAUUUAACACGAAUGGAGUAUGUGUUUUUAUAUAAAUACUAGCGACCCGCCCCGGCUUCGCACGGGUGCAAUGCUGACUAUUUAAUGGAUGUUAUUAUUAUACAUAUAAACCUUCCUCUUGAAUCACUCUAUCUAUUAAAAAAAAACGCAUCUUCCGUUGCGUAGUUUCAAAGAUUUAAGCAUACAAAGGGACAUACGGACAGAGAAAGCGACUUUGUUUUAUACUAUGUAGUGAUUUAGUAGAAAUUGCAAUGAACAAAUUCAUAUAAUAAUAUGACAUUUAAUAGGAAUAUUCUCUUGACUAAUAGGCAGUUCUGUUAUAUCUCUGAAUAUAUAAUAUAUUACAAAAAUCUCAAUAUUAAACAGUAUAAACCGGUUAUAAAGAAAUCGGUUAAAACGAUUAACCGCCAUUUUCAAUAAACAAACUUGAUUCCUUUUUUCGAUCUAUCCAAAACAAUGACCAAUGAGAACAGUUUUUUUAAAUGCUUAUACAUAUAUGAGUUAUUUUGAUUGAUUAAUUCUCGGGAUCGAAUUAAUGAUUGAAAUUGGGAUGGUUUAUUGAAGUCGAUUGUAAAGGGCGAAAUCUUGGUAAAUACGUGUUUAAUAAAAGAGUAUCGAUUACGACUCGGAUAUAGCGUCCAGAUAAGGUGGUCCCUUCAAUUUCGUUAUAACCGGUUUUCAGUAUAUUUAUAAUUUUCUCUCGAUUAUAUUUUAUUUUUAUAUUUUUUUAAUAAUUAUGUUGACACCUUAAAUGUUUAAAAAUAAGUUGCAAUGUGUAUUUAUUUAUGCAUUAGUAAAAUUUUGUUGAAUUAUAUUGUGAGUUUGCUUGGAUGUAAGACAUUGUCACUUUGUCUAGCAUCUAAUAGUGUUUGAUAAUGAAAACAAAGUAAUAUAUUUUUUUAGAAUUUAUUUUAUAUAUUUUUUGACAAGAUGUAAUUUGGAGUAAGUAGUAGGCAGAGGUGCAAUCAGACCACCCACUAUAGCUAAGUGUGUUCCGACCCAUGAUGUGAUAGGGCGACAUUAUCACCAAACGGCACAAAUUCCAGAUUGGACCAAUAGUGAGCCGAAAACCCCUUAUCACUGUUUUUACUGGAAUCCGAACUCGGAACCUGAAGGCAGUGGUUCGACUCACACAAUACAACGCCACCAAGCCAGUCCUAAGUUCCUACAUGUAUUUAAUCCACUUACGGGUAAAUAGUUUUUACACGAAUAAUGUCCAAUAAUUUGUUUUAUUAUAUUGUCAAUUAUCACUAUUUAUUGUGUAUUUACAAAAUAAAUUAUUACAAUUAUA